AUGGAGGGUUUCGACGAGGAGGCUUUCAAGCAAUUCUUCCCGUCCAGCUUUGGGAAGCAGCAGAAAAAAACCGAUGUCAACGCCCAAAUCGACCUUACAAAACGCACCACCAAGCCCGAGAGCAGCGAUGCGAAGGCAAAAUUGAUCAGCGAUGGCAAUACCGGUGCGAAAUCUGAUUCCGAAGACGACGAUGUCGGUCCACAAGUACCCAGUGGGAACAAGAGCGAUGGAUCAGGUGCCUCGAACGAUUCAGACUCGGACUCGGAUUCGGACGACGAUGACGAGGACGAAUUCCCCGUGUCGCAUGAACUCGUUCUGAAGACGCAUGAGCGCGCAGUCACAACUAUCACCGUGGACCCUUCAGGGGCCCGAUUGAUUACAGGCUCGACGGACUGUACCCUCAAGCUCCACGAUUUUUCCUCCAUGACCCCCUCGACCGUGCGCUCGUUCAAGUCGGUCGAUCCCUCGGCGAAGAAGACGUCUGCGGCGCAGGAAACGCACGCCGUCCACUACGCCGCCUUCAACCCGAUCACUCCGUCAUACGUCCUAGUCGUCUCCGCGACACCGCAACCGAGAAUCCUCGACCGCGAUGGCGAAACAGUCACCGAGUUCGUCAAGGGCGACAUGUACCUACGAGAUCUCCACAACACCAAAGGCCAUAUAUCAGAAGUGACGAGUGGCGUAUGGUGCCCGACUGAUGAGAACCUGUGCGCGACCGCGGGAACGGACAGCACGGUGCGGAUAUGGGAUGCGAACAUUGGAAGGUCGCAGAAGGAGGUUAUCAUGCACAAGUCGAGAGCUGCGGGAUCCGCUGGUCGGAGCAAGAUGACUGCUGUUGCAUGGGGCUCUCCGAAACAGGGUGGUUCGAACGUGCUUGUUGCUGCUGCGUUGGAUGGCAGCUUGAUGAUGUGGAGUGGGAACGGGCCGUUUACGCGGCCUGCGGCUGAGGUUCGCGACGCGCACACGCGAGAUACCUGGACGAGCGGCAUUGAUAUUAGCAGUGAUGGGAGGCUUGUAAUCACGAAGGGUGGUGAUGACACCAUCAAACUGUGGGAUACGAGAAAGUUCAAACAGCCGAUCACCACGGUUGCCCAUACUUCGAGCUCGUCUCGAUUCCCGACCUCGAACAUUAUCUUCUCGCCGACAUCUGCAAAUGUCGUGACUGGCUCGGAAACCGGCCACCUGCACAUUCUGAACCCGGCCACACUCAAGCCGGAGCUGGUAACACCAGUAACACCCGGCUCACCUCUAAUCACAGUGCAAUGGCACGAAAAGCUGAACCAAAUCCUCACCGGCUCUGCCAACGCCGAAACCCACGUUCUCUACAACCCCAAUAUCUCAACCAAGGGCGCUGCCCUCGUCAUGUCCAAGGCACCCAAACGCCGGCACAUUGACGACGAUCCGACUCUCACCAUGAACCUUUCACAGGGAAUCUCCGGCGACUCGGUGGUCGUCGGCUCAAACGGCGUCCCACACUACACCUCCGCCACUUGGUCCGCGCGCCAUCCCACAAUCGGUCUCACAGCCUCAGGCCGGUCACGAGACCCACGGAGACCGCAUCUCCCUGCGCAAACCCCAUUCGCCAAGUCGCAGCCUGAUGAAAAGCACAUCCGGGAGAAUAUCCCGCUCAGUUCGAUGCGCGAUGAAGAUCCUCGCGAAGCGUUGCUAAAGUACGCUGAGAAGGCGCAGAAGGAUCCGAUCUUUACAAAAGCAUGGCAGGAGACGCAGCCCACGCCGAUAUAUCGGGACUUGAGCGAUGAUGACGAGCCGGAGCCGGAUAGGAAGAAGGCGAGGCGAUGA